AUGUUUCCCAGCACCAAAGGUUUCUACAAUGAGGUUCCGUGCAUCUGUCCAGAGGGACUUGCACACUGCAAUCUGCCCAAUUGUCUCUUUUCUCACAGUACACAUCACGAUCAACAAGCAGCUCCGCAAGUGAGCUCAGCAACAACACCCUCUUUCGUUGAUCGACAGCAGCCUGAUGCUGCAGCUACAACUAAACACCAGACUUCUCCAGAUCAGACAGACUCUCGCAAACGCAGAAAGCUGGAGGGUGAUAGUAUGGACCAGCGAAGUGUAAAGCCUCUCGUGCUUGCCAGUGGCCCGCUUCCAAGCGUAGGAUCAUCUUCGAAACAUACACUCAUGACAGAGACUAAGCCAGUCUCACCCCCAUCACGUGGUGCGCCAUCUGCUCAAGUUGAUCCUCGAGAUGAGUAUCCGCCUAUGUCUGAAGAAGUGAAGGAGUUCGUCGCCCUUCAAGCAAGGCGUAGACACGAAUUGAAACUGAAUCCCAUAUCGAUGGGACAUGCUCCCGAAGGUCACGGAUUACGACUUAAGCUGCUCAAAGCUCUAUAUGCUUCGUACAAGACACUGAAUGACGGUUUGAAGAAUAACAGCGAUCCCGAGAUCAAGGCGCUCCAAGUUUCGGAUCAGACACUUAUCAAAUGGGCCCUAGAUGAAGAAUAUGGAUUUGCGAGUGGCAGCCAAAAGUCUGUCUAUAAGAAUGUCAUCAAACUCCGGAUCACAGCUCUGAGGAAGAUGCAGCUGGGGGACUGGGUCACGCAGCGAAAGAGCUUGGAUGACAAUGCCAGUGCUGGAGACGUGGGCUCACCUCCCAUCACGAUGGCGGAUAUUGAGAUGACUCCUGCAGAAGAGGUGAAACUCCUUACUGAUAAGUUCAGUCGCUGUAUCGCGUCGCCAGAACAAUGCUCCAAGUAUGGAUAUACUGUAUCUGUACCUACAGAAGAAGAUAUUGGGAAAGCCCGAAGGGGUGUUGAGGCUGCUAAUUGUUGGGAAAUCUGCAACCGGUGCGGCUGUCGAUUCCAAGCAUUCCCGGACCGUCGCGAAGACGGAUCACUCACAACAGGCGGCAAGUGCGUAUAUCACCAUGGCAAGAAGGUAUCCCAGCCCGUCACGAAAUUCUCAUCACUAAUGCCAUCGAAUGAGAUGAGGUGGUCUUGCUGUCAAGACGUAAUCGGCUCGGAAGGUUGCACGUCUGCAGCAACCCACGUAUUCAAAAUCAGCGAGGCAAAGCGCCUUGCAUUGAUUGAACCAUUCAUCCAGACGCCACCAAACCCCAACGCACCCGGUGGCCGCGCGGUCUGCUUCGACUGCGAGAUGGGAUACACCGCCUACGGGCUUGAACUCAUCCGUCUGACUGCCACAUCGUGGCCGCUGGGCGAGUGUAUCCUGGACGUACUCGUGCGGCCGCGCGGCGCCGUACUCGACCUCAACACGCGCUUCUCUGGCGUGACAGGAGACCAGUUCUCCUCGGCCCCCUCAUACACCCCGUCGGCACCGCAGGAUCUAACGGAUUCUGCGAACCUCGUCAUCGUAGAAAGCCUCACAGAGGCGAGAGCUCUCUUCCUCGGGCUCAUCACCACCACCACCCCCCUCAUAGGCCACGGCCUGGAGAACGACCUGCACGCCCUGCGCCUCUGCCACCCCACCAUCGUGGACACGGCUUUCGUGUUUCCGCACAGCCGGGGUCUCCCCUUCAGGAACAGCCUGAAGGGCCUCGCGCGGUUACAUUUGGAAAAGGACAUCCAGAUGGGUGGGGCGGAGGGGCACGACAGCCUUGAGGAUGCGCGGGCAGCCGGCGAGCUGGUUCGCCUCUACAUCCACAAGAGGCUGGUCAAGAAGUAG